AAAAGAUUUUUAUUCGUGUCAAAGAUGGAUUCUUAUCCUGACGUUGUUGAACACGAAUCCAGUGCGAAACGAAUUAAACUCGACCUAAGAGAGUCGAAUAUAGGUGAAUUGUGCAAUGGGGGCGAUUUUUCUAGUUUUUCUACUACAACUGGCGGCCCGAUUGACAUUCCUGAAGGAAUAUCACCUGACUGUGAUUCCGGUUACGAAGCAUCUACGUUAGAAUCAAUUCCAACUUCUUCACACCAGACCUCACCUCAAACCGACUCCGGCGAUGUUCAAGAGAGUUUAUCCAGUCUUUCUGAAAUAUUUCUAACACCAUCUCGAACAGAUCAAGUGGACACAUCUCAGGAUAGUAUCGAAGCCGACGAUGACAAUGUUUCAACAGUAAGCGAAAUAAGCGGACUUUCAGACCUUUCAGGAGAUUGGAAACCUAUGGCUGGUAGCAUGAUUUGGAUUCAAAAACAAAUGCAAAACGGUGUCAAUCCUCGGACACUGUUGAGCGAUUUGGGUGUGGAUCUAGACCAAGUACCACAAUAUGUAGACGAAAUAACUCUCUGGAAAUUAAUUAUAAACAUGUUAGCUGAACCUCCACGACGGAAUAAAUUGCGACAUGUUAAUACUUUAGACGAUGUAGUUCGAUUGGUUAAAGGAGCACAAAAUAUAAUAGUUUUAACCGGCGCUGGCGUUUCUGUUUCUUGUGGAAUCCCCGAUUUUCGGUCACGUGAUGGUAUCUACGUUCGAUUAGCGAUAGAUUUUCCUGAUCUUCCAGACCCACAAGCAAUGUUUGAUAUCAGUUAUUUCAGUCAAGACCCUCGGCCAUUCUUUAAAUUCGCACGUGAUAUAUACCCAGGAAAAUUCACGCCAAGUCCUUGUCACAGAUUUAUAAAAAUGUUGGAGAAGUAUGGCAAACUCUUGCGUAAUUACACUCAAAAUAUUGACACACUCGAAAAAGUUGCAAAUAUAGAAAAAGUGAUUGAAUGUCAUGGCUCAUUUGCUACCGCAACUUGCACAAAAUGUGGACAUAAAGUCACAGCUGAUGCUAUCAGAGAGAUAGUUUUAGCGCAGAAAAUUCCACUAUGUGAGAAAUGUCAUCCGGGGAAGACUUCCGUUCCUUGUUCGGAAGAACAGAAAGGCAACAAUGAAGAAAUAGAUUAUAGACAACUUGUGUCUUCGGGAAUUAUGAAACCAGAUAUUGUGUUUUUCGGUGAGGGACUUCCAGAUACAUUCCACGAGGCAAUGACUCAAGACAAGACACAAUGCGAUUUGCUGUUGGUAAUUGGAAGUUCGUUAAAAGUACGUCCUGUUGCUCUUAUUCCCAGUUCGUUGCCUCCAAACGUUCCACAAAUUUUAAUCAAUCGAGAGCCUUUGCCACAUUGCCAUUUCGAUGUGGAGUUAUUGGGCGAUUGUGAUGUUAUCAUCAACCAUUUAUGCAAUUUGUUUGGAGGUGUUUGGAAGGAAGGUAUUUUUGAUGAGAAUAUGUUGGAAGAAGCGUCACAUUUGCUUCCAUUACAAGAGCCCAGUUUUGAUGUGACUCCUACUUGUGUUAAAAGUCAAACCGAGCCAAAUUGUACAGAUGAUAAUUUAGAAGAGAAAGAUAGAUGCAGUACAAAAUGUAGUUCCUCAACUGUAGAAAAAGACGAAGAAUUAGCUUGUGAAUGUAGUUGCAACAAACAAACGUCAAUUAUUAAUAAGCAAUCCUUGUUGGAUUCGGAUCUUGUCAAUUCAUUAGAUUUAAAAUCGGUUAAAGAACGUCAUAUGUCAGUUGAUUCGGCGAGAGAUUCGGGUAUUGGUGACAAUUCGAAUUUCACCGAUUUGGAAACGAAAUACGACGAUACAUCGGAUGAAAACACUGAAUUGGGUGAAUAUACAUCAAGCACCGAUCCUCAAUUUACUAACAUAUCGAAUGAUGAAGAGAAUAAUACAAAUACAUAUUUGGAAAGUACAACAAACACUUCAGAUCUGAAAGGUUUCUGGCAACCGAAAAUAAAGAAAAGCCUUGCGGAACGAUUGCCACCGAAAUCGUUCUAUCUUGUUAAACCGAGCCGAUAUAUUUUUCCAGGAGCUGAGAUUUAUUACGAUCCCGAUGAAAAGUUUGGUUAUUACGAGGGUUCAUCGAGUUCUGGUAAUUCAGACAGCGAGUCCGAACCAGUCAGUAAUUAGUUCUAGUUUUUUACUUAAUUUGUUUUGUUUUUGUUAUUAAAUUCGCAUUUUGUUAUCACCAUAUUAUAUGAAAGAUGACCAUAAUUUAUAAAUGUGAGGCAAAAGACGCAUUCAUUUAUAGUCAAAUGAAGGCCCCCAGUAUAGGACAAUCGUAUAUAUGCAUAUUAUUCGAAUAUUUAAGAAUGGAUGCAUUUUUUAUUCGUGUGUCGGUUGCAUUUUCUUGGCUUAAUCAUAAGCUUUUUAUGUAUUGUGUUUUAUACUUGUUGAUGACAGGAAAUUGUGUUCACUUUCAUAGUUUAUGGUUUUAUUUUGCGGUAUUUUUAUUUAUAUUGUUGAAAUGUGUGCGUGUGUGAAGCUCAGGGUGCGUUGUUUAGUGUAACGUGAGUCGUGAAAAUGAAAAGGAAAUUAUUGAUCUCUAAAAAUGUAUUGUGUAAGAGCAAUUUUUCUAGGUUUGGAAAGCUUUGUUAAGUCAACAGACUGAUUAUUUAGUUUUGUCAUAUGUGAAUUCUGUGGAUUUUCUGUAGAAAGACCAGUUACGAGUACCUAAUUUUUGUUAGUGGUAAAAAUACUAGUAAUUAAGACAGUAAAGUUGAUUACAUUUAAGUAAUCGCGCAAUAUUUAAACAUAUUCACUAAACUUAAUUCAUAACACUGUUACUAUUGAAGAUUGUAAUAUUUUUCAAACUUUCUUUCUAGAAAAUAGUAAGAAUUGCUCUGUAUGUGUACAUGAAAAUUGUUAUAAAAGUCUUAUGAUAAUAUAACUGUAUAUAGCAAAAUGACUAAAGUUUCAAUCAGAGCUUUAUUCCAAAUUUUGUUUUUAAUAUUAUUUUGUGCAUUGUUUUUUAUUUUGUCAAUUCUACACCAAAUACGUUUCGUCAAAGAAGAGUUUAUUUUUAUAUGUACUUUAUUUAUUGUAUGAAAUUUUGUUUAAGCAUUUAUUUUUAUUUUUGCUCUGAUUAUAUCAAAUAAAAAAUUGUGUUGUCACUAUUUUGUGACAACGAAUUUAGUUUUAACGGUUGUGCACAAAUCAUAUUUUUUAUAUUUAAAUGAAAACAUGUUUGCAUUAAUUUUACUACUGUACUCCACAAUGUACUGUAAAAUGAAAUGCUUUGCAAUAUUACAUUAUUGUGUAUAUUUUGUGGUAAUAUACAAUAAUGUAAUAUAUUUUUUUUGUUAAUGUAGUCACCUCUGUAUUUUUAUUUCAACAAUGCCUACAUGUGCAGUGUUAUUAUUAGUUGUGUAAGAUAAAUUAGGAUUACUAUUAUUUUUGUACAAGUAUUUAUUCUCAUUUGUGGCUACAAGUUAGUAUAAAACUGUGUAAGUAAAAUUGUUUCAAGUAAUUAUAUGAUAUUAAAUUAUCCUUAAAGUUAUAUUUUGUAAUAUUCUAUUUUCUAAUUUAUAUUUGUGUGUAUAUAUUAAUGUUACUAAAGCAAUAAAAUUUGUUUCUUAUUUGUAAA